AUGGCUACUACUUAUCAUCCGCAAACUAAUGUACAAGCUGAAGUAUCGAAUCGACAAAUUAAAAACAUUCUUGAGAACGUUGUGAACCCUUCAAGGAAGGAUUCGUCUUCUAGAUUGGAUGACGCUUUAUGGGCAUUGAGGACAACAUACAAAACUCCAUUAGGGAUGUCGUCAUAUCAAUUGGUUUUUGGGAAAGCAUGUCACUUGCCAGUUGAACUGGAGCAUAAAGAAAUGUGGGCAAUUAAGCAAGUGAACAUGAACUAUGAAGCUGUUGGAAAGAAAAGACUAUUGGAUAUCACUGAACUAAAGGAGAUUAGGCAAAAUUCCUAUGAAAACUCUGUAAUUUACAAGGAAAAGUCCAAACGAUGGCAUGACAGAAUUAUUUUGCAGUGA